GCAGCUUCAACAUCAAAUGCAGCAGCAACAGCAGCCGGCGCAGCAAUUGUGGCAUUGUGAGCGUGAACGCAUGCGACAGCAGCAGCAGCAGCAGCAACAACAACAGCAUCAGCAGCAGCAUAUGCAACAGCAAAAGCUACAGCAGCAGCAACAGCAUUAUCAGUUGCAAGCAAAUCGCAACUACAACAACAGCAAUGGCAACAGCAACAACAAUCACUAUUACUAAAACUGAGUGAGAGAGACUGCACAUGCUGUCACUGUCUGUUCGCUCCCCCCAGUUAGAUGCGCGCCAGCGCUAUUGCUGUAGCCUUAGUAGCUGCUAUUGUCGUCAUAGUCGUCGUUAAUUUGUAGAAAUAGUCCAGUAAACGCCUGCAGUAAAAAAAUAUAAAGAUAACAUAAAUUCAAUAGCCAACCAGCAAAUACAUACAAGUACUCAUACAUAUAUAAACACACAUACUAAUUGGACACAGUUUGCAAGGAAAGCAGCAAAGAAGCCAAUAUGAUCGGGGCAAUAAAAAAUCAAGGGAAUAGAGUGCAAACCGCAAAUUUACAUAUAACUUUAUUGAAGAGCAAAACUCUACGCUUGGAAUAUCUUAAGGAAAUUUUUAAGUGUAUAUUUUCAAUAUUUAAGGUCGCAAUUCUCUUCUAAAGAAGUUAAAUUUUUUGAAUCUUCAAUUUGUAGUUGAGCAGAAAGCAUUAUUUACGCGAAAUUGCAAACCCACUUCUGUAUGUUCGAACGCGUUUUUAAUUUUCAAAAUAUGAAAAACAUUAUUACAAAAAAAAAUAAAGAAAAAUUGUAUACAGCGGCUGCCUGCACUCAUGAAAUGUGAAACUACAUACAUUUGCCUAAAUUUGCAAUGAGCAAACGAUAAUUGAAAAAA